AUGUCAGCGACGCAGACCGAGACCGCAGCCACCGAAGCCGGAUCUCCCUCUAUCACCGAGCUACGCCGGCUCCGUUCUAGGGACGCGGAAGCUCCGGCAAUAGACGAAGCCCCGGCCGAGACCGAGGUCGUCCGGAGCGAACCCGCCACGCCCAUCCUCAAGCUGGUACUCGUUCUUCUGCGCCGGCGUCAACGAUGGCACCUUGGCUACGCAACAACCUUCACCGGCUGGCUCCUCGCCGCGUUUCUGGCCCAGGCCGCCGGCAUGACGCUCCAGGACGCGCACAGCAACGCGUUCGUUGCGGGACUACGCCGCGUGCCGCACCGCUGGCUCGGGUUCAUACACGCUUGCUACGCGCUUGGGGUGGAGGGUUGGAGGAGGGUGUAUUUCGUGAUGAUUGCGAUCUGCGUGCUUAACGUCGCCGGCGUCGCGGUCGCGUUCAGGGAUACGUUGUGGAGCAGUAGCAGACCGCGGCACGAAGAAAACUAUAACGAUAACGGCGGCAGCGGUGGCGGUAGUAGUAAUAGUAAUAAUAAUAGCGGCGCGAAGAAGCGCAACCGCGACGCCGUAAAGGGCAUGGCGCGCAUCCUGCGGACGCGGACGUUCUGGCUGCUGGGCCUGUUCUACUUCUUCACGCUGGGCGCGGGCAUGACGGCGGUGCGGGGCGGCGACCUCGGCGCGACGGGCUACGUGCCGACGGGCAUGUACGGCGGCAUGCUCGCGGGCCGCCUGCUGCUGGUCGAGUUCAUGUUUCCGUGCGGCGAGCGGCGCACGCUGUGCGUCGCCCUGCAGCUCGUCUUCUGGCUGCAGCCCAACAUCCAUCGUCGGGAGCGCGGUCGCGCUGAGCUUUAUCGGCUUCUUUAUCGGGCCUUUUUUGCUACCGGCAUGUCUGUCGCCUCUAAGCUAUUCGCUCGGAAAGAUCAGCCUGCGGCGCUAGGCCUGAUAUUCGUAAUAGCGCAAGCCGGAGGCGCCAUUUUCCCGUCUGUUACUGGUUUGAUAGCGACGAGAGCGGGCGUGGCCGUUCUGCAGCCUAUCGUGUUGGCGCUCUUCGUGGCCGGCGGGAUCAGCUGGUGGCUUGUCCCAAAGGUGCCACAGCGGGAUGAAUAG